AUGACGCCUCAAAGGGAAGUCUAUGAGCUGUCGAUCAAACUGGGCGAAGGCUUCCGUUCGUGGUCGGAGAAGGUCAUCUGCAUCCAAUUCGUCAAGGAAAAUCCGGGAUCAUUGUGGUCGUCCAAUUUCCCCAACAUCCUCAUCCACAAGAAGAACCCCCUUAUCAUGGUCAUCUCGUGCUACACGCUCAACACGUGCAUUGAGAUGGGGGCACCACAUUCAAGCUUGGGGCAAGGAUUUCCAGGUCCCAUGUACUCGCGGUUCGGGCAAAAUUACUUUGUCACGUUCACCAAGAUCAACAGUCCGGCCAUUGUGUGA